UGGACGGAGCCGCGGGUGGACGCAGCGUCUCAGAAAAGACUGAAAAACCGACUGCUGGCCGCAUAAACUACAGAGAUGGCAGCCAUCCGUAAGAAGCUGGUGAUUGUGGGCGACGGGGCGUGUGGGAAGACCUGUCUGCUGAUUGUCUUUAGCAAAGACCAGUUCCCUGAAGUCUACGUUCCCACUGUGUUUGAGAACUACGUGGCUGACAUCGAGGUGGACGGAAAGCAGGUGGAGUUGGCUCUGUGGGACACGGCGGGUCAAGAAGACUACGACAGGCUGAGACCUCUCUCCUACCCGGACACUGACGUCAUUCUCAUGUGCUUCUCUAUAGACAGCCCUGACAGCUUGGAAAACAUUCCAGAGAAGUGGACCCCGGAGGUCAAACACUUCUGUCCCAAUGUUACCCUCAUCCUGGUAGGAAACAAGAAAGACCUGCGUAAUGAUGACACGCGUUGGGAGCUCGCCAAGAUGAAGCAGGAGCCGGUGAAGAUGGAUGAGGGUCGGGAAAUGGCCCACCGAAUUGCAGCGUUCGGCUACAUGGAGUGCUCUGCCAAGACGAAGGAUGGUGUGCGGGAGGUGUUUGAGAUGGCCACUAGGGCGGCGCUGCAGGCCCGCCGCUUAAAGAAGAGCAGGAAGUGUGUCGUGCUCUAAAAAGACUGACACAUUUGGACUGUUUUGAUCCUGGGCAGCUGUGCCAGGGUUUGAGUUUGGGUGGGAUGGAGGAAAUAC